ACGCGAGACUGCAGCAUCUUCACCGAGUCAGCCGAGCCGCACGCCUCUUUCCCCGCGUCUUCCUGCAGCUCCGGACCCGCGCCGCCCGCCGACACCCCGCGGUGUCUCCAUCCGCGCCUCCUGGAGCCAGGACCGGACCACCGCACUGAGAUUACGCUCGGAUUUUCCUCCUCCUUUUUUCUUUUCAUAUUAUCAUAACAACCGCGAUUCUUUUUCUUUUUUUUCCUUCUUUGUUUUGUUUCUUCGUCUGUUUGUUCCUUUGUUUGUCUUGUUUUCUUCACUGUUCGCGGAGGAGCGCCACCAUCUGCCGGACAUGAGCGGAACGAUACGCACAUCCUAGCCCCGCGUAUCCGAAGCUUCUUGGAAGAGAAAGUAUUUUUUUUUUAAAUCAAUAUUUUUAUUGUGACCGUUUUGCCGCAGGAAGCGGAUCCGGUGGAUUUUUGUUUCCAUCUUUCCGUCGCUGCGCAGCAUCUCAACCUGCUGCGUCCGUCAGAAAAAAGGCGUAUUUCCCCCUUUUCUUAAAGCGACCUCGCUUUCUCCCAGGACUCAUCUGCACGGCUGCGCUGCGUAAAGACCAGCGGAGAAAGGGAGGAAGAAAAAAACAAAAAAGAACACACACAUCACACACACACACAUCACACACACACACAUCACACACACACACAGCACACGCGCGCGCGCGGACGGGGGAUUUAAGCGCAGACGCAGCUUAAGCAUCCAAGAGCGAGCUCGAAAAUGAUGGCCGGCGGAGCUGUGCAGCAAAACGGCAUUUUCUCAAGUCCCCACCAUCACAGUCAGCAGCCGCACAUGGAGUCCGACCCCCCGGAUUCGCGUAAAAGACCCCUGGAGACCCCGACGGAGGCCAGCAGCACCAAGCGCACAAACACGGGAGUGGCCUUCCUGCAGCCCCUAUUUGAAUCUGAAGGCAUUGUUUACCCUCAACAAGAAACUGAGACUCAUGAGGAAGGCGAGUACUUCCUGAAGGUUUUGAUUCCCAGCUAUGCUGCUGGUUCAAUCAUUGGGAAAGGAGGCCAGACCAUCGUUCAGCUACAGAAAGAGACUGGAGCCACCAUCAAACUGUCAAAAUCCAAAGACUUCUACCCUGGCACGACAGAGCGGGUGUGUCUGAUCCAGGGGACGGUGGAGGCGCUGAACGGCGUCCAUGACUUCAUCGCCGAGAAGGUGAGGGAGAUGCCUCAGAGCACCCAGAAGACAGAACCGGUCAGCAUCCUGCAGCCGCAGACCACCGUCAACCCGGACCGCGUCAAACAGGCCAAGCUGAUCGUCCCCAACAGCACAGCCGGCCUCAUCAUCGGCAAAGGCGGCGCUACGGUCAAGGCGGUGAUGGAGCAGUCUGGGGCUUGGGUCCAGCUAUCCCAGAAGCCCGAGGGCAUCAACCUGCAGGAGCGUGUGGUCACAAUCAGUGGCGAGCCGGAGCAGAACCGCAAAGCCGUGGAGAUUAUCAUCCAGAAGAUCCAGGAAGACCCUCAGAGCUCCUCCUGCCUCAACAUCUCCUACUCCAACAUCACCGGCCCGGUGGCCAACUCCAACCCCACCGGCUCCCCAUACGCCAACUCCACCGAGGUGAUGCCGGCGGCGGCGGCCGCUGCAGCCGCCACCGCCUCCUCUCUGCUGGGCCAGGCGGGCCUGGCGGGAGUCGGCGCGUUCCCGACCACCAUGUCCAGCUUCUCAGGCAACGACUUGCUCGCCAUCACCUCCGCGCUCAACACCCUAGCCAGCUACGGCUACAACACCAACUCUCUGGGGCUGGGGCUCAAUCCCGCCGCCGCUUCCGGGGUGUUAGCCGCUGUUGCGGCUAACGCCAACCCAGCAGCGGCCGCCGCGGCUAAUUUGUUGGCGUCGUACGCCAGCGACGCGUCUACCAGCGCGGCGCACCCCGCCGCGAGCCUGGGAGGCCUCUCUCUGGGGUCACUGGCGGCCGCCACCGGCGCCACCAACGGCUACCUGAGCGCGGCGUCACCUCUGGUGGCGUCGUCUCUCCUAGCGACGGAGAAGCUAGCAGAGGGAGCGAAGGAAGUGGUCGAGAUCGCCGUGCCGGAGAACCUCGUCGGCGCCAUCUUGGGGAAAGGCGGGAAGACGCUAGUGGAGUACCAGGAGCUGACCGGCGCCAGGAUCCAGAUCUCGAAGAAAGGCGAGUUCAUCCCGGGAACUCGGAACAGGAAGGUGACCAUCACGGGGUCGCAGGCCGCCACGCAGGCCGCGCAGUACCUGAUCAGCCAGCGGAUCACCUACGAGCAAGGCGUCCGCGCCACCAACCCACAGAAGGUGGGCUAAACCUGACAGCCGCCCGAAAUGAGGAGGAAAAGUGAAAAAGGAAUGGGGGCUUUGGGGGAGGAGAGCAAAGAAAAAGGGAGAAUGGAAAAAAGGAGAGGAGAGAAAGAAUAUCGGAAGGAAUCGUUUGCGCCGUUUUCUUCUGUGUUUUCAGUAUUCUAUAUUAAAAAAAAGGAAGUUUUUUGACUCAAAGCAAAAAUGUGCUGAGAAGGCGAGGAGGGGAGGGGGAGCGAGAUAUUACGCUGAAAAACCAAGAAAAAAAUGUGUAAAAUGUAAAUAAGGUUUUAUUACUUAACGUCUUGACCUUUCGGGAUUUUUUUAUUGUUUUAUUUUUUGUUCAGUAAAUUAAGCUGUCUGUGUAUUGUGUGGACAGAGCUGAAUGCCAUUUAGAAUGGGAGGCUACAGAGUGCGGCGGGGGUCAGGGGUCACGAGGGUCGGGGUGAGGCGGAGGGUUGGUGUUUACAGGGUGCAACGCUCCAGAAUCCCGUCCCAGCCGCCGGCGCCUCCAGCCCACACGCUGUAUCCUCAAACAGAUUUCAGUUUGGUUUAUUUAAUCCAGGACGGUUUUUAUUUCCCCCUUUCGCUUCAGCCCCUCCCCUUUUUAACGGUUUAAAAAAAAAAAGAGAAAGAUUGCAAACUUUAGCUAAAUGUGUGUCAGCUAAGAAACGUCCUCAACUCCCGAAAACUUCGCCUCCCUCAAAUCUCGGUGAGGAGCGUGAGGGUGUUUCUUCAUUCGCGCACACACACACACUCGCGCGCGCACACACACACACAGGUGCAACCGGUGCAGCGCUGCAGAUCCGUCUCUGCAGUAUAACAACAAUAACACUAAUGAUGACAGUAGCUGCGUUUCCAACACAAAUGUGGGCAAAAUUUUGUUACCAGUUUUGCAAUUAAAUAAGAAAAGUGAUGAGUCGUUAAAAAAAACUACUUCCUGUUUUCUUCUUCUUUGUGGUUUGAGAGUCGACAUCCAGCUGCUGGUCAUGUGACUCAUGUUUCCAUUGCAGUUUUUAUUAAAAAUAAAAUAAAUUAAACUUUUUAUGAAGAGAAUUUAAUUUCAAAAUGUCAAAUGUCGCCGUCACAUGUUGACUGGAAACGCAGCUAAUGUCGUUUUGCUACAGGAAAUCUCCACCACUGUCGCUAUUUAUUCAUAAUAUGGCCCAUUGAAGCGCAGUCUUCUUUUUCUAAUCUGUGAAUUCAGGUUGACAUGAAUGUAAAUGAGA